AGAAGAAUGAGAGUGACUUUGACACGUUUACGCCACGCUCUGCCAGCAGAAGUGGGACAGUUCCGCCUACUUUGCAGCGGCGCGUGCAGACCACAGUUCGCCGGCUCGCUCGAUCAUUGGUUCACUAGAAUCUCCACCGCGGAAGAGCUGAGCCAUUGUAUUGGCCAUCGGUUGCUUCGAUGGAGCUGGACUGGGAGCUCAGAGAGCUUCAGACGCUUGAAGGCCACAAGGAUAGGGUUUGGAGCGUGGCCUGGAACCCCGCAACAGGAGUCGCCGGGAUCCCGCCGAUGUUCGCUUCCUGCAGCGGCGACAAAACUGUUCGUGUUUGGGAGCAGACGCCCUCUUCUUCAUCUUGGGACUGCAAGGCAGUUCUGGAUGAGACACAUACAAGGACUGUACGCUCUUGUGCUUGGUCGCCUUCGGGGAAGUUGUUGGCUACUGCCAGCUUCGACGCCACCACUGGUAUCUGGGAAAACGUUGGGGAUGACUUUGAAUGCGUUUCCACGUUAGAGGGUCAUGAAAAUGAGGUCAAGAGUGUGUCUUGGAAUGCCUCUGGGUCUUUACUGGCGACAUGUGGCCGAGAUAAAUCCGUGUGGAUUUGGGAGGUUUUGCCUGGGAAAGAGUUUGAAUGUGCUUCAGUUUUGCAAGGACAUACACAAGAUGUAAAGAUGGUUAUGUGGCACCCGACUAUGGAUAUUUUGUUCUCUUGCAGCUAUGACAAUAGUGUAAAGGUUUGGGCUGAGGACGGGGAUGAUGACUGGCACUGUGUGCAAACUCUGAAUGAAGCUAAUAAUGGUCAUUCUUCUACUGUUUGGGCCCUCUCUUUCAAUGGCAGUGGAGACAAAAUGGUAACCUGCAGUGAUGAUCUCACCAUGAAGAUAUGGGGAACUGACCUCAAAAAGAUGAUGUCUGAAGAUGGCUAUGCACCUUGGAGUCAUUUAUGCACUCUUUCAGGUUAUCAUGACCGGACAGUUUUUUCAGUACACUGGUCACGGAAGGGACUCAUUGUCACUGGGGCAGCAGAUGAUGCUAUCCGACUCUUUGUGGAGAGCAAAGAUGGUUCAGUUGAUGAACCGUCAUACAAAAUGAUCCUGAGGAAGGAAAAAGCACAUGACAUGGAUGUAAACUCGGUUCAAUGGGGCCCUGGGGAAACUCGUUUACUUGCAUCUGCAAGCGAUGACGGGACAAUAAAGAUUUGGGAGCUUCAACCAGUGGCUUAACUGCUUCGCAGCAAACCUACAGCAGCAAUGUUUUCUCCAGCAGUGCUUGGAUAUGUAGACACCAGUACAUACCUGUUUGGAAAAUGUUUCAAUGAUUAAUAAAUGGAUCGAUAAAUUACCAAGAAAAAUGGAAUGCCGAACUUAUAAGUUGUCAUGGUGGUGGAAGUAUGAGUCCCGAGUAUAUUCUUUGCGAUAGGUGUGCUGCACGAACCCAAAAAAUAGCGAGAAUUGUGUGAUGCUGUGCAUUUGAUUCGUGUAUCUUUUCAGCGGGACUUAUUUAUUUUUAUUUUUUUUUAAAUGUUGCAAAGCUAAUUGAGUUAUUUUUGUGUCA